CUCCGAUGUUUCAAAAACAAAGUCGAUUACGCUAGAAUCCAUGGUCACGACAUCUUCUACAGCAAUUCUCUUCUUCAUCCGAAGAUGAAUUCGUAUUGGGCGAAACUUCCGGUGGUUAAAGCUGCGAUGCUUGCUCACCCAUUUAUGGAUUGAAGCUUUAGAGAGAAAAUGGGUGAUGAGGCAGAGAUCAAGGAACAUUUAAAGCCACAAGCUUCAUCUGAAACAAUAGACAAGAAACAUAAUGUGAAAGGGAAGAGGUUAUGGCAGAAAGUCAAGUAUCAAUUGGUGGAGUUUCAUUCAUUGCCUGCUUAUUUAAGAGACAAUGAGUACAUCAUUGGUCAUUACCGAUCCGAAUGGCCGAUCAAACAGAUUCUUCUCAGCAUCUUUACCAUUCAUAAUGAGACUUUGAAUGUUUGGACGCAUUUGAUUGGGUUUUUCCUGUUUUUGGCACUCACUAUAUACACUGCAACGAAAGUACCGAGUGUCGUGGAUCUUCAUUCGCUUCAACACCGUUUACCCGAUUUGUUGAGGAAAACAGAUCUCCACAAACUUCAUUCUGAGCUCAUGUCUCGCCUUCCUUCUAGUCCAUCUAGUUGGCAUGUGAUGGACCUUCUUUAUAACUGUUUGCCUGAAAGAUUUUCUCAUGGCAACUACACUGACAUGUGUGUUCUGCAUUCUGUGAGGGAAGAUCUUGCAAACUUGAUAGCUCCUUUGAUCUUCAGGCCAAUUACUCGAUGGCCGUUUUAUGCAUUUCUAGGUGGUGCUAUAUUCUGUCUAUUAGCAAGCAGCACGUGCCACCUCCUCUCAUGUCACUCCGAGCGAGUCUCCUACAUAAUGCUUAGGCUUGAUUACGCCGGCAUCGCAGCUCUAAUAGCGACUUCCUUCUACCCUCCGGUUUAUUACUCCUUCAUGUGUGAUCCUUUCUUCUGCAACCUCUACUUAGGAUUCAUAACCAUCUUAGGAAUCGCCACUGUGCUUGUUUCUCUCCUCCCGGUUUUCCAAAGCCUGGAGUUUCGGGUGGUGAGGGCGUCUCUGUUCUUUGGAAUGGGAUUCUCUGGCUUAGCUCCGAUUCUUCACAAGCUGAUCAUCUUUUGGGACCAACCUGAAGCCCUUCACAUGACAGGUUAUGAGAUUUUGAUGGGUUUGCUUUAUGGGUUAGGAGCUGUGGUUUAUGCAACUAGGAUCCCAGAGAGAUGGAUGCCGGGUAAAUUCGAUAUAGCAGGACAUAGCCAUCAGUUGUUUCAUGUUCUGGUUGUUGCUGGUGCGUUAACGCACUAUAGAGCUGGGCUAUGAGAGAUAUUGAAGGAUGUUGAAGAUGAAGAUUGAAGAUUAGAUGGAAUCUUUGAUGUUUUAAAUCUUGUUUGUAGUAGCUUCAUAUAAAAGUUGGAUUAUGUAAAGUCUUAUCUGUAAUCAAACGUUUAAUUGUUUCUUU